UUUCGAGUUCUCCUUCUCCAUUCGGUACUCGGUCCUCCGCUUUCGUCUUCUCACAAUAACACGAGCGACGGAGUUUCGACAGGAAAUCCAGGAGGGCUGUUCCCGACCGAGAUAACUGGAAAAUGUGGUUCGACGAGGUGGAGAGUAUAGCGGAGCUGUUCCGCGGCUACCUGCCCUACUACUUGGUCAUCGCGCUGCCCAUCUUCAUCAUCAUUUCGCCGGCUAAUCCUGUGGCCGCCUCGCACGAGUUUCCCGUUUACCGAAUGCAGCAAUUUGACCUCCACGGCGUUCAAUAUGGUUGCCGAAGCGCUCCUAUCAACAUGGAGGCCAAAGCCCUGAGCACCUGGACCAGCUCUCGCCACUGCGUGAUAUCUAAGAUUCAAGAUCUGAGCAUUGAGCGGUUCAAGGAAAUUUCUGAGAAGGCCGGUGCCCUAGUGGUCGUGCUGCCCUCUGACCUGACUGCUCUCUCCAUUGAGGACAGACAGAAUAUUCUUGAGCUGGAAGACCUGAUGAUGGAGCGGGAGGUGUCCAUCCCAGUUUACUUCACCCACUGGAACCCCUCCAUCGACGAUGUGCUCACCGACCUGAGCACUACUAUCCCUACCACACCACAGCCAGCUCGAGGGUCUGCUUUGGAAACUCUGAUGCAUUCUGUGUCUGCAAACGGCUACCAGAUCGUGGUAAACACUCACCAGUCGCACACGCGCACUGACGUGUCUGUGGCUAACAUCCAGGGCAAGCUUGGAGGACACGGCAUGGAAGACAAACUGCCGACGGUGGCCAUUGUUGCCCACUAUGACAGCUUCGGCGUAGCGCCUGAUUUGGCUUUUGGCGCUGACUCAAACGGAUCAGGGGUUGCCGUCUUGAUUGAGCUGGCCAGGAUUUUCUCACAACUGUACAGCUCACAGAGGACGCACGCAAAGUUCAACCUCAUGUUCCUGUUGUCUGGUGCUGGCAAACUCAACUACCAGGGCACCAAGAAGUGGUUGGAGGACCAUAUUGACAGCAUUGACGGCUCACCACUGCAGAAUGCUCAUUUUGUGAUUUGCCUGGAUGCGUUGUCCUCUGGAAAAGACAUUUACGUGCACUACUCGAAGCCACCCAAGGAAGGCACGGCCACGUCCAACUUCUUCCAAGAGCUGACGCAGGCGGCCAAAGAGCUGAACCCUGAGGUCAAGGUUGAGUUGAUGCACAAGAAGAUCAACCUGGCAGACAAGCGCAUGUUCUGGGAGCAUGAGCGGCUCAGCAUGAAGAGAAUGGCUGGCUUCACUGUGUCUGCGCUGAAAAGCCAUCAAGACUACUCACGCGCCACUAUUUUGGACAAUACCAUUGACACCGAGAGCAUCGCUCAAAAGGCGAGCAUUUUGUCAGAAGCGCUCGCUAGGUACAUCUACAACCUCUCUGCUGAGGACGUUUUUACGGAAAAUCUGAAAGUUGAUGAGACUGCAAUUGAAGGAGUAAUGGACUUCCUUGUUGCUCAGCCGAGAGCUGCUCAAGUUCUAGCCACCAAACAAAAUUCUCUAGUCACCAGUUUGCAGGGUGUAUUGUCAAGAUACUUAAAGGACGUGAAAGUUUCGCAUUUGGUCCCGGACAAGAGAGAUCCAGACUUUUCUUUUUAUGACGUGACCAAAGCCACUGUGAAUGUUUACAGUGUCAAGCCGGCCGUGUUUGACUUAUUCCUCACGUUCGCCAUUGUCGCCUACCUCGGCCUCAGUUAUCUUUGUAUACAGAACUUCUCCCUUUUCUACGGUCUGGUGGCGCGCGUGUCCGUUCCUGCAAAAAGCAAAGUCCAGUGAACAGAUAAGUCGGCCGUCGGUUGCCUCUUCCCACCUGUCACGUUCCCUCCUAAUCUUUCCAAAUUUUAUGAUUACAUGCUACAAACUUUCCAUUCGCGAGACUUGCAAGCAAAGUUUAGUGCCAUUUUGUGAUUGCAUUCAUCAAAGCCUUUCGCCAGUCAAGAAACCGACUCCUGUCUCUUUUCAUAUUCACGCUGUGCUCAGUUAUUUAAUUGUUUUAUCUCUUUCAAAUAUAGAGGAAAAUCAAACUAGCGUUUGUUGAGUUUUGUUUGAUUGUUAUUGUGUUGAGGAAACGAAGUUUUAGAUCGAGUGCCUUCCUGGCAAAUUUUCUACAAAGAAGCAGAUCCCUAUGUUGUAGGCCCAUCAACUGCUUUGUGCGAUUUACGCGCCGUAUCAAAUAAAAGCCAAAAAAAUUGGUAAACUCACAA